CACUCGCAAAGCACAAUCCACGAACCACAACAUGUCGGAAAAGAAACGGAAGAGACAUGGCGAGGGCGACGCCCGACCCAACAAGAAGACGGCGAUUGCGACACAGGGGACUGUCAAAGUUGAACUGCUAGAGAACAAGGAUGCGCUGGGUCCGCUACUCGCGGCGACUCCUGGGCUGCACUUUCCCUCGCGCAUUGCCUUCAAGCCAUACAAGCACAACAACAACGGCAAGGUUCCACUACCAGGCCAAACCGCCGAACUACUUCUUCAGUCAUCCGACCACUCCCGCCUCGACUACGCCGCGCGAGAAGAGCAAGAUGGGAGCUCAGAGAGCCAGCUCAAGGACUACGUCGGCGUCUUCGAUCCUGCGACGGGAAAGCUGCAGAUUGUCCCUGUUAAGAGGGUCACAGUACGGAGCACACUACGCAGCGAAACGGAGGAGAUGCGCGAAGAGCAGGCGAGGUUGGAGGCGCGACAAAACACCAUGACGGCAAAACGACACGCUCUCGCUGCAGAAUUUGGGUCCAAGAAGUCGCGAAAAGCCAUCGAAGACAUGACCCUGAACGCCAUCCGCAGCGCCAAUGCAGAUGACCCGGCUGCAGUCAGAAACGAAUCUGUGGCCGAGAACGUGCUGGCAAACAUGGCCGACUUGACAUCUGCCAUGCCGUCGAAGAACGACCUCGAGGCCGCCGUGAGCAGCGGCAAGCCCCGACCAACCCCGAACAUGGCAGCAGAGUUCCCAGGCGACGUCUACCCCGUCGACAGCGUCAUUGGCGAGGAGCUCAUGACGAUGAUUGAAGUGUCGGAUUGGGUCGAGGCAUCGAAGGCUGGUCAAGGCGUCAAUGUGAGCAGCAAAUACGUUGCCAAACGCAUUGUCAAGCUGGCCAAGAAUAAGCAGAUCAUGAAAUUGAAGGCUCUCCGCUUCAUACUGCUUUGUGUUGAGUUUAAUGCCGCGCUGUUUGGCGGAGGAGGAAGCAGAGCAAAGAAGAUCCCGCCUAAGGGCAAGUUAGAAGCCUUGAUGGGCGAGGACACACCGAUCACUCAGGUCAAUGCCAUCAGGAGGAAAUUUGGUACCGAAACUAACGACAUGCCCCGCUGGAACACCGACAACCUCAUGACACACGUCGCUGCUGCAGCGCUGAUCGUCGACGACUUCGAGGUCGAUGUCAACGACUUGCGCGAUGACCUGAAGAUUGAGAACAAAGAGAUUCGACAAUACUUCAUGGAGUUGGGAUGCAGAGUCACCGGCCCUACUGAAGCAGAUCGCACAAAGUACAAGUUGACAAAGGCCGACACAAGCAACCACUACAUCGCAAAGCUGAAACUACCUCUGCAGUUCCCCAGGAUCGGUGGACCGCGCAAGGGGCGCAAGUAGGUGUCGAAAACAUGAGGAAGUCGAAUUCACACACAGUCACGACUGUAUUCCCAUCUACAUCGUCAUCAGUAUUUCUCGAAGUUCCAACUCACACACAGUGCAAGUUGAAUCACCAUCAUCCGCGGGCGCUGCCACUCAAUCCCAUCCAUC